ACUUCCGGCCUUGUUGUGUUCCGCUUCCCGAAGAAUGUACAAGCUGCGGUACGCCUUCCUAGUGAGACUGUAAACCUUGAGGAUAUUCUGCCCCGCCGAAUUUUUGCAUCUCAGAAUCAAGCAGCCGCAAUCGCCUCUUAGGGGAAGUUCAUCAGAUUCACCGCUGCUCGGAGCGGUCCUUUCUUUUCCAUUGGAGCGGAGAGAGUGCUGCCAUGACGGCCCCUGCUCAGCCCAAGAAAAUCGUGGCCCCUACGGUGUCCCAGAUCAACGCAGAGUUCGUGACCCAGUUAGCAUGUAAAUAUUGGGCACCCCAUAUCAAGAAAAAGUCACCCUUUGAUAUAAAGGUGAUUGAAGAUAUAUAUGAGAAAGAAAUUGUCAAAUCAAGGUUUGCUAUCAGAAAGAUAAUGCUCUUGGAAUUUAGCCAGUAUCUUGAAAAUUACCUCUGGAUGAAUUAUUCUCCAGAAGUGUCCAGCAAAGCCUAUUUAAUGUCAAUCUGCUGUAUGGUGAAUGAAAAAUUCAGAGAAAAUGUCCCUGCAUGGGAGACUUUUAAGAAGAAGCCAGAUCACUUCCCAUUCUUUUUCAAGUGCAUCUUGAAAGCAGCAUUAGCUGAAACUGAUGGUGAAUUUUCACUCCAUGAACAGACAGUCUUACUGCUUUUUCUUGACCACUGCUUCAAUAGUUUGGAAGUAGACUUGAUACGGAGUCAAGUACAGCAGCUUAUCUCUCUCCCGAUGUGGAUGGGCUUACAGCCUGCACGAUUGGAAUUAGAAUUAAAAAAGACACCUAAGCUAAGAAAAUUCUGGAACUUGAUUAAAAAGAAUGAUGAAAAGAUGGAUCCAGAAGCAAGAGAACAAGCCUAUCAAGAAAGAAGAUUUCUUUCACAACUCAUCCAGAAGUUUAUCUCUGUGCUGAAAUCAGUCCCACUUUCUGAUCCUGUCACUAUGGACAAAGUUCAUUACUGUGAAAGAUUUAUUGAACUUAUGAUUGAUCUAGAGGCCCUACUCCCCACAAGACGCUGGUUUAAUACCAUCCUGGAUGACUCCCACGUUUUGGUUCACUGUUACCUUUCCAAUCUUGUUCGUAGAGAAGAGGAUGGCCAUCUUUUUUCCCAGCUCUUGGACAUGCUUAAGUUCUAUACUGGUUUUGAGAUUAACGACCAGACUGGAAACGCUCUGACAGAGAAUGAGAUGACAACUAUUCACUAUGAUAGAAUCACUUCUCUCCAGAGAGCUGCUUUUGCACAUUUCCCUGAACUCUAUGAUUUUGCUCUCUCAAAUGUGGCAGAAGUAGAUACUCGGGAAUCCUUGGUCAAGUUUUUUGGACCUCUUAGUUCCAAUACCCUCCACCAGGUGGCAUCAUACCUCUGCUUGUUACCAACCCUUCCUAAAGCUGAAGACACAACUUUUGAUAAAGGGUUUCUUCUAGAAUUGUUGGUAUCUCGUCAUGAGCGUCGAAUUUCUCAGAUUCAGCAGUUGAACCAGAUGCCUUUGUAUCCAACUGAGAAGAUCAUAUGGGAUGAAAAUAUUGUCCCAACUGAAUACUAUUCUGGGGAAGGUUGUCUUGCUCUUCCCAAGUUGAAUUUGCAGUUUUUGACUCUUCAUGAUUACCUCCUAAGGAACUUCAAUCUCUUCCGCUUAGAAUCAACUUAUGAAAUUAGGCAAGACAUUGAGGAUAGUGUCAGCAGAAUGAAGCCAUGGCAAUCAGAGUAUGGCGGUGUAGUGUUUGGUGGUUGGGCACGAAUGGCCCAACCCAUUGUGGCAUUCACUGUGGUUGAAGUUGCCAAACCCAACAUAGGUGAAAACUGGCCAACCCGAGUUCGUGCAGAUGUUACCAUCAAUCUGAAUGUCAGAGAUCACAUCAAAGAUGAGUGGGAAGGCCUUCGGAAGCAUGAUGUAUGCUUUUUAAUUACUGUGCGUCCCACAAAACCUUAUGGUACCAAGUUUGACCGAAGAAGACCUUUUAUUGAGCAGGUUGGCCUAGUUUAUGUCAGAGGCUGUGAAAUCCAGGGCAUGCUAGAUGAUAAAGGGCGUGUCAUUGAAGACGGACCUGAACCCAGACCCAGUCUUAGAGGAGAAUCAAGGACUUUUAGAGUGUUUUUGGAUCCAAAUCAGUAUCAACAAGAUAUGACCAAUACUAUACAAAAUGGAGCAGAAGAUGUGUAUGAAACUUUCAAUGUAAUAAUGAGAAGAAAACCAAAGGAAAAUAACUUUAAGGCUGUGCUGGAGACUAUCCGGAACCUGAUGAAUACUGAUUGUGUGGUACCUGACUGGCUGCAUGACAUCAUUUUAGGUUAUGGGGAUCCAAGUAGUGCACAUUAUUCCAAAAUGCCCAAUCAGAUUGCCACCCUUGAUUUCAAUGAUACAUUUCUCUCCAUUGAACACUUAAAAGCCAGCUUUCCUGGUCAUAAUGUUAAAGUAACUGUGGAUGACCCAGCUCUACAGAUACCCCCUUUCAGGAUCACUUUUCCAGUAAGAAGUGGAAAGGGGAAGAAGCGGAAAGAUGUAGACGGGGAAGAUGAAGACACUGAGGAGGCAAAAACUUUAAUUGUUGAACCUCAUGUUAUUCCUAAUAGAGGUCCUUAUCCUUACAACCAACCCAAACGGAAUACAAUUCAGUUCACUCAUACACAGAUAGAGGCCAUCCGUGCUGGAAUGCAGCCUGGGCUAACUAUGGUUGUGGGCCCACCAGGUACAGGAAAAACAGAUGUGGCAGUUCAAAUUAUAUCCAACAUCUACCACAAUUUCCCAGAGCAGAGGACUCUGAUUGUUACUCAUUCCAAUCAGGCCCUGAACCAGUUGUUUGAGAAAAUCAUGGCUUUAGACAUUGACGAGCGCCACCUCCUGCGUCUUGGUCAUGGAGAAGAAGAGCUGGAGACAGAGAAAGAUUUCAGCAGGUAUGGAAGAGUUAAUUAUGUCCUAGCUCGAAGAAUAGAACUUUUAGAAGAAGUCAAACGAUUGCAGAAGAGUCUAGGGGUUCCAGGAGAUGCUUCAUACACUUGUGAAACUGCGGGCUAUUUCUUCUUGUAUCAGGUAAUGUCUCGUUGGGAAGAGUAUAUCAGCAAAGUGAAAAAUAAAAGUAACGCGAUGCCAGAUAUUACUGAAGUCUCCGCUUUCUUCCCUUUUCAUGAGUACUUUGCGAAUGCCCCUCAACCCAUUUUUAAAGGCCGAUCUUAUGAAGAAGACAUGGAAAUUGCUGAAGGAUGUUUCAGGCAUAUUAAGAAAAUCUUUACUCAGCUUGAGGAAUUCAGAGCCUCUGAACUGCUUCGAAGUGGACUAGACAGAUCUAAAUACCUUUUGGUGAAAGAAGCCAAAAUCAUUGCUAUGACCUGUACUCAUGCUGCCUUAAAACGACAUGAUUUAGUCAAGUUAGGUUUCAAGUAUGACAACAUUUUAAUGGAGGAAGCUGCUCAGAUUCUGGAGAUAGAAACUUUUAUACCUCUUCUUCUACAGAAUCCUCAGGAUGGUUUUAGCCGACUAAAACGCUGGAUUAUGAUUGGUGAUCAUCACCAGUUACCUCCAGUCAUUAAGAACAUGGCCUUUCAGAAGUAUUCAAAUAUGGAGCAGUCCCUCUUCACUCGCUUUGUCAGGGUUGGAGUUCCUACUGUGGACCUUGAUGCCCAGGGGAGGGCCAGAGCAAGCUUGUGCAACCUCUACAACUGGCGGUAUAAGAAUCUAGGAAACUUACCCCAUGUGCAGCUCUUGCCGGAGUUUAGUACAGCCAAUGCUGGCUUGCUCUAUGACUUCCAGCUCAUUAAUGUUGAAGAUUUUCAGGGAGUUGGAGAAUCUGAGCCUAAUCCUUACUUUUAUCAGAAUCUUGGAGAGGCAGAAUACGUAGUGGCACUUUUUAUGUACAUGUGCUUACUUGGCUACCCUGCUGACAAGAUCAGCAUUCUGACAACGUAUAAUGGGCAAAAGCAUCUUAUUCGUGACAUCAUCAACAGACGAUGCGGGAGCAAUCCAUUGAUUGGAAGACCGAAUAAGGUGACAACUGUUGACAGAUUUCAAGGUCAACAGAACGACUACAUUCUUCUGUCUCUAGUACGAACCAGGGCAGUGGGCCAUCUGAGGGAUGUCCGUCGCUUAGUGGUUGCCAUGUCUAGAGCCAGACUUGGACUCUAUAUCUUCGCCAGAGUAUCCCUCUUCCAAAACUGUUUUGAACUAACUCCAGCUUUCAGCCAGCUCACAGCCCGCCCACUUCAUUUGCAUAUAAUUCCAACAGAACCUUUCCCAACCAGUAGAAAGAAUGGAGAAAGACCAUCCCAUGAAGUACAGAUAAUAAAGAAUAUGCCCCAGAUGGCAAACUUUGUAUACAAUAUGUAUAUGCAUUUGAUACAGACCACACAUCAUUAUCAUCAGACUUUAUUACAGCUACCACCUGCUAUGGUAGAAGAAAGUGAGGAAGUUCAAAGUCAGGAAACAGAAUUGGAAACAGAAGAAGAGGCCAUGCCUGCUCAAGCUGACAUUGUACCUGAUGAAGCAACAGAUGCCAGCUCCAGUCAGGAAACCUCAGCCUCUGAGACUGAAACCACCUCCAACCAGACAGGAGCCAGCUCCAGUCCAGAGGCUAUCCCUGCUGAGUCUGAGAUCACUGGGACAGGACCAGUAACUGUACCAGCGGAGAAUAACACCCCUCAUGAUGUCACAUCCACUCCCGGAGAAACCGAGUAGCCAAGCUGUAGCCCUUCUUAGAGAGGACAUUUCAUUAACAAAGUCAUAGGUAAAGUUACUUCUUGUAUUUUAUAUAUGCUUCUGCCAUUAUAAUGGCACUAAUUAAUAUUCAGUCCUUAUUUUUGUUAGCUGAUUGUCAGUGUUUGUCUUCUCGGAUAUAUUAAAAAAGAAUAUAUGUGUGUGAACAACUCCAAUUUUAUUUGUUCAAUCAGAAGAAUAAAUAACCAUUCCUUUGCUCUUUUGAUCAUUAACUAUGUCUGUAAUCAUACCGACAUUAGAAGAAUUUUGUAUGGAAUAAUAGUUCACAUUUUUAGUGAACUUCUCUAAAAAAAAGGAUAAAAUGUACUGGAAUUAACCAUAAAUGACCUUAAGCAAGUGUACAAAUUGGGGAGGAAAUCAUUUCUUCUAUCAUAGUGUGAAAUGAUCAGAUCAUGUGUCUUUCUGUCCUUCAUUUCUUUGCUGUCUUCCUUGAUGGAAAGGCAUUAACACCACAGGAUAUAGGUUACUCCAGUCCAUUGAAGAGGACAUGCAUUUCCUUCCCCCAGACCUCAGAGUGUGUUAGAGUCACCUAUAAUGUCUAUUUAUUCUUGAGGCUGCUCCAGAACUAAUGAAUCAGUCUUGGGGUUAGAGCCCAGGAGCCUGCAUUUUUAUGUUUACAGGUGCUACACCAUUAACAUUUGAAUUGCUGACUGAAUGGCAUUGGAUUAGUCUGGUGAAGACUGAGCCAAAAUUCGUCAUUCAGCUAAGCAAGAAGAAUCUGGCAAAUCCAUCUGGGCAGGAGCAAAGGUCCAGGGUCCAGGCAGUGAAAAUCAGUGAACCUAAUUAACUCCUGUAUUCAUGAUGGAUUUCUCCCAACACAGAGGUUCUAAGUUUUCUGUCUUGUUUAGUUCUCUUGAUAGCCAGCCAGCUACAAACAGACCUCAAGGUAAAAUGUGCUUCAGAUUUGGGAAAGCAACUGUACUAGGACCUUGCUACUCAAGUGUGGUUUGCAAAUCAGCAGCAUCAGUGUUGCGCUGAAAUUUGUUAGAAAUGCAAAAGUUUGGGCUGUAGGCCAGGUCUACUAAAUCUCAGUCCACAUUACCACAAAGUCCCUUGGUGAUUCCUCUGCACUUUGUGGUUUGAGAAGCACUGUACUGAGAUUACUGUGCUGUCCUCACAUGAGCCAGAGGUAGAAUAGUGAUUCUGUGAUGAUAGAAUUUACAGUGAGUGUGACUUAUGUUUUCUUACAAUGAACCUCUACUUACAAGGUCCCUGGGCAUGGUGACCAGAGAAGAGAUGAAUAUGUAUAUGUGGGGAGGGUGAGAUUGCCCACUGGCUCUCUUCCCGCUUUCCACAUCUGCUGGAGUGGCUAAGGGGCACAUUUCCCCAAAGUUCUCCUCCAGUGCAUCUACCUUGAGGCCUGACCAUGUCCAACAGAGUUUUGAAGAAUUAAGCAAGAAUUGGCACAGUGCCAGUGAAAUGCUUCUCUGGUCUUAACAUUUCGAAGGAAUGAUGAAUUUGUCAGGACAUUAAACCCAGAAAGUCAAGUCCCUGAUAUUUUUGAGUAACUAGUGUUUACUUAACUUUACCAGUCUAUGGUGGGUGUCAUUUAGACUCUCAUCUUGAUGCUUCCCGCAGCAUCAACAACUGUGUUAAGAUUGGAUGGGGAGGGGGAAAUGAAGAGAUAGGAUAAUGAGGAGAGUGAAAUGCCAAGGAAACUAAACUCAGAAACCCACCUCUGUUUGUUAGCAGAGCCAGGAUGGCACCAAAUGGUCUGUUACAUAAUUUCUCUGGGUAUAAGCAUUUGAAAGCAGGUGUUGUGGGCCUUGCCUAGUAUGAGGACUACUCUCAGAAUUAUUUUCAUUUGUGAAUAUAUAGUAUCAGGCUACGCAAGAAGGAAAGCAGCUUUACCGUAUUACUGUCUUUCCUAGAAAAGAUUGAUUUUUCCCUCUAGCCUUUAGAGGAUAUGAAUCAUGGUACCUGAAACCAAAAUAAGCAAACUGUUGUGCUGUCUUUCCUUAAAUAAAUCAUUUCCCUAAGACUGUAUAUCACUCUGUCUAACUCGGUGACUGAACUUUUUUAUCGGCCACCUGAUUUUUAUCACUAAAAAGAAAAUUUUAACUGGAAGGUAAAUAAUUUCUUUGCCUUCAUCAAAUUAAGAAAGGGAUAAUGAAAGUGGGACUUGAAUUAUUUUAAAUUGUUUAUUCACUAGAAAGGCCAGUGAAUUGCAGUUGACUAUAAAAUUGUGAAAUUUUCUUAUUUUAAAUAAUGAGGAAACUGAAUCAGAGGUUCUUAACCAGGGUCACAACCGUGGGAGACUGGGGUAGAAUCCAGUUUAUAGACUAGGGCAGUUUUUUGCUUUUUUUUUUUUUUUUUUAAAGUCAACCACACAUGAGUACUUGCUUCAUAAAUGUAAAAAUUUCCUAUUUAACUUGGAGUUACUACAGACACAGGUAUUCUCACCAGGUGACCAUUUCAGAUUAAUGUUCCCAUUGCUCUGCAUCCUGUUUUUCGUAUCUGAAUAUGUCAUGAUUUUGGAGUUUAUUUUUAAAAGCAAACCAAAAAGACACAUGCCAAGAGAAAUAGCAUGAAAUGAAGCAAUUCAAGUAUUUAGACUUUUUCCCACAAAAUGCUGAGUUAAGAAAGUUCACUACCAGCAGUUGAGAAUAAAUAGCUGUAUUGAUUUGGGCAAGUGAGUGGAAAGAUCUAAAUAUUAUCAGUUCCCUUGAAGUUAGUGUGAUGAUAAAAGAUACUUUGCUAGAUACCGAGAGAAAUAGUACAGAUGGACCAUUUGUGCUCCUAUAAAAAAUGAAGUUUUUUAUGAUCAGAAGACAGCAUGAUAUUAUAAAACAGACUUUGGAUUCAUCCAGUCCUGACUUAAAUUUUACUUCGUUUGCUCAUCAGUAUUUGGUUUGACCUUGACGAGUAUUAUAACCUCUCUAAGUCCCAGUUUUGUUAUCUACAAAAUGGAGGAAAGAUCUGUUUGUUUGUUAAUAGGGUAAUUCUUACAAAAAUAUCUGCCACCUGGCUGCUCAGUAAAUACCAGUACCCACUCCACCCCACCCCCACCCUCCAUUUUCCUCCAAAUCUUUUAUUACCAAAUAAUUCUCUGACUCGAGCACUUAGCUAUGCCCCCAUUCAGGGAGCAUGGAGGAUGAUGAAGAAGGCCAAACGUGGUGGCAGUUGACAUUUGAGAUCAAGGGUCAAAUUUACCAAUUCAGAACCUUGAAAUCAGCCCAUAACAACAUUGAGGAAGGUCUCUGCUGAAAUUAAAAUAUCUGGCAGAUGAAGACGCUAGGUAUCACUGUGCUUGGGAUGCACUGAUAACAUCAGUUCUGUAUCCUGUAUCCCCCACCCCAAGAUCAUCUAUAUUAUUGCACUUAUCUAGCUUGAAUAUGCUUUUUCCUUUUCAUCUUGCAGUCACUCAUAUAGUGUUUUAGAGAUGUUUCUUCAAUUAAAAUAAGAUUAAACAGAUUGAAAAAAAAAA